AUGGACAAAGAAUGGACAAAAUCCGCUAGAGAGAGUGAAGAGUAUGAAAUUGGUCUUAAUUAUUUUCUAGACUACGCAUACACCAAAGGAAAACCCCGUGGAAAAGAGAUUUUGUGCCCUUGUGCUACAUGUUACAACAGCAGAUGGUUUACAAGGAAUGCAGUACGAAAUCAUUUAAUAGCAUUUGGGUUUCAAAAAGGAUAUGAUGUUUGGGUUCGUCAUGGUGAGAAGAUACGGAAACCCAAUGAUGUUAAUGAUAAUCAUAUGAAUGAUGCAAAUGAUCAAGUUGACGAUAUUGAUGGACUGUUGUCUGAAAGAUUCAGAGGUGUCGCACAAGAAGACUACAGAGUUAAUGAAGGCCCCAACGAAGAUGCAAAAAAGUUUUAUAAUCUAAUCGAAGAAUCCAAACAAGAGUUGUAUCCGGGUUGCAAAACAUUCUCUAAAUUGUCGUUCAUCAUUCGGCUAUAUUUAUUGAAGUGUCUUUAUGGUUGGAGCAAUACAUCAUUCAAUGCACUCUUAGAGUUGUUGAGAGAAGCUAUGCCUUUUUUGAACAUCCCUGAUACGUUCAAUAAAACUAAAAGCAUGAUAAAGGACUUGGGGAUGGAUUAUAAAAAGAUUGAUGCUUGCCCUAAUGAUUGCAUGAUCUAUUGGAAAGAUCAUGAGAAUGAUACUUCUUGCCAUGUUUGUGGUGCUCCACGGUGGAUUGAAAAUGAAGAAAAUCAUGAGGUUGAAAAAAAUCAUAAAUCUCAUAAAGUUUCGGCGAAAGUUUUGAGACACUUUCCCUUGAUUCCGAGACUUCAACGGUUGUUCAUGUGUUCAAAGACGGCUAGCUUAUUAAGUUGGCAUGACAGAGAUCGUUUAGAUGAUGGGAAGUUGAGGCAUCCUGCAGAUGGAGAGGCAUGGAAAGAAUUUGAUAAAUGUCAUCCUGAAUUUUCUGUUGAGUGGUUUUAA